CCCUAGGGAGAGAGAGCAGGACAUGUCAGCUCUCCGGACUAACCUGGGCCCAGCACACAGUUGAGGACAUGAAAGUCUCCUCCGUGUAUCGCCAUUGACUGGAGAGAUAAAGAUGGCGUCUCGAGUCCUCUCCCUCUGCGUGCUCCUUACGGUCUGCUUCGCUGAACCAGAUGCUCACUUUGACCCAUCUUCUUGCCGCUAUGCGUUGGGGAUGCAGGACAGAACCAUUCCAGAUGAAGACAUCAUAGCGUCCAGCGCUUGGUCCGACUCCACCGAAGCCAAACACAGCAGGCUGGAGAGUCAUGAUGGAGACGGGGCAUGGUGCCCGGCGGGCUCGGUGUAUCCGAAUAACGAAGAGUAUUUGCAAAUAGACCUGAGGAAGCUUUGCUUCUUGACUCUGGUGGGCACUCAAGGCCGGGAUGGUGGAGGACUGGGCAAAGAAUUUGCCCGACAUUACCAACUGCGAUAUAGCCGUGACGGUUAUAAGUGGGCGCAGUGGAGGGAUCGCUGGGGCAAUGAGGUCAUUGCGGGCAAUGAAAACACUCAAGAUUUGGUACUGAAGGAUCUGGGGCCCCCACUUAUCGCCCGCUAUGUGCGUUUUUACCCCAUGGCGGACCGCGUGAUGAGUGUCUGUCUGCGGGUAGAGCUGUACGGAUGCCUGUGGCAGGAUGGACUUCGCUCCUACACCUCGCCUCCCGGGGCCCUGAUGACUCUCCCCGCCAUGAUCGUUAACCUUAACGACUCUACGUAUGAUGGAUUCACAGUUGGAGGGCUGCAGUAUGGUGGCCUGGGUCAGUUGACUGAUGGCGUCGUGGGGGCAGAUGACUUCACCCAUCACAAGGAGCAGGGGGUCUGGCCGGGUUAUGACUACGUGGGUUGGAACAGAGACAGCUUCCCGUCCGGAUACCUAGAGAUGGAGUUCGAGUUCGACGCGCUGAGAGCAUUUACCUACAUGAGGGUGCACUCCAACAACCUUCACUCCCACGGAGUGCAGAUAUUCCGGCAGGUGGACUGCUACUUCAAACGCUCCCUGCACACCCCGUGGGACCCUAAACCUGUCACCCUGUCCCUAGCGGUGGAUGUCCGGGACCCCAGCGCUCGCACGGUCACCCUUCCCCUGAGUGGCCGAGCCGCCCGCAUCCUGCGCUGUCAUUACUACUUCUCGGGACAAUGGCUGCUGUUCAGCGAGAUCUCCUUCCUCUCCGAUAUCGUAGACCCAGCAGAACCUGAGGAACCGAGCCCUUUACCGCCACCGCAAGAGGCACCACCAGUGCCCACUGUCACCGUUCAACCGCAACGCACCAGCCAGAAGGUGACUACCACAAGCGUGGGCACGGAGAGCACCAACGGGCAAGCUCCAGUGUUCGAGGCCGGCAGUGACAUCAGAAUAAACCAGCCGGUUGCCAAGGACGAUAGUGGUGACACUUCCAUUUUGAUUGGCUGCCUGGUGGUCAUCAUCCUCCUUUUACUGGUUGUCAUCAUCCUCAUUCUUUGGCGCCAGCGCUGGAAAAGGUUGCUGGGGAAGGCUCAGCGCCACCCCUCGGACAGCGACCUAACGGCUCGUCUCUCCCUCCCCUCGGACACCGUGGUCAUCAACAAUACCCAGAACCCCCCAGGACCUCCUCGUCAUGCCAACCGCUAUGAGCGCAUCCUAACUUCGGAUGGUGAAUACCAAGAGCCCAAUCCCCGUGCCAAGAUGGCCACCCUCCCUCCUACCCUGGACAGUGCAGCCUUGCUGCUAAACAACCCAGUCUAUGAGCUCCUACUCUCCACCUACAGCCGGCCAAUCACAGAGCCAGAUAGCCUGCAGGCUAAGCCAAUCAACAGCCAGGACGGGGGAUACAGGGAGCUAGAAUCCCCCAAGCUGGCUGUAGUUUGCCCCCCAAGUGUCCCGCACUACGCAGAAGCAGACAUUAUUACCCUGCAGGGAGUCACAGGGGGCAACACGUAUGCAGUACCUGCGCUGACGGCCGACACACUCGCCUCCAAAGACCUGCCUCUCAGCAAGUUCCCCCGGGGGCAUCUCCUCUUCAGAGAGAAGCUGGGUGAAGGGCAGUUUGGAGAGGUGCACCUGUGUGAGGUCCUGAACCCCCAAGAACUGCCGACUCUGCAGUUCCCAUUCAACAUGCGCAAGGGAAGGAGUCUACUUGUGGCCGUCAAGUUACUGAGGUCCGACGCAAACAAGAACGCCAGGAACGACUUCUUGAAGGAACUGAAGAUCCUCUCCCGUUUGAGCGACCCGCACAUUAUCCGUCUCCUGGGGGCCUGUCUUGAUGAAGACCCCCUGUGUAUGAUCACCGAGUACAUGGAGAACGGGGACCUCAACCAGUUUCUGAGCGCUCAUCAGCUGGGCGAGGAGGACGAGAGUCCAGAGGGUGGGCCGAGCCCACCGAGUAUCAGUUACCCCAGCCUCCUCCACGUGGCUCUUCAGAUUUGCUCCGGGAUGAAGUAUCUCUCCUCUCUGAAUUUUGUGCACCGUGACCUGGCCUCCAGAAACUGCCUGGUGGGCGAGAACCUAACGAUCAAGAUUGCCGAUUUCGGGAUGAGCCGGAACCUCUACGCCGGAGAUUACUACCGGAUCCAGGGCAGGGCCGUGCUGCCCAUCCGGUGGAUGGCGUGGGAGUGCAUACUUAUGGGCAAGUUCACCACGGCCAGCGACGUCUGGGCUUUCGGGGUGACCCUGUGGGAGAUCUUAAUGCUGUGCAAGGAGCAGCCGUACGGGGAGCUGAGCGACGAGGACGUCAUCGAGAACGCCGGAGAAGUCUUCAGAGACAGCGGGAAGCAGAUCUACCUGUCCCGUCCGCCUCUGUGUCUCCCGUCGCUCUACGAGCUCAUGGCGCAGUGCUGGGCUCGAGACUGCAGGGAGAGACCCUCCUUCCAAGACAUCUACCACUCGCUGUCCGCGCACGCGCUCACCGCGUCCCACCCGGCCCCGAAGGAAUAGCCGCGGGUCAAAGCCUUCUCUGUACGACGCCACGGCACGUCCGUGCGCCAUGGAACUGGGGGGGGGUCGGAGGAGAACAUCUUAACCCUUUAUACUCCUCUAAGCUACAGCGUCGUAGGUGUCGGUCCGGCU